GUCGUCGUCAUCAUCAUCAUCAUACUAUUAGGCAUAGCUCUCUCUAAAAAGUCACCCCAAAACUCAGUCUACACAAACACUACUCGAUCUCUCCAUUUCUCUCUCCGUAUAUACGUUCUGUAUCGUAUCUAUAUGUAUAGAUAUAGAUACAAUACAAUAGAAGAUAGAUAGAUAUAGAUAUAUACAGUUUAUUCGAUCCGAUCUCUCUCAGAAUCAAUGGCUUCAGCUGGAAAUCCUAACCAGCCAGGUGGAGGCCCAUUCGAUAUGCACAAGUACUUCAAACCCUCACCGCCAUCGCCGACGCCACCUGGGUCAGCUUCGGGGAAUCCCAAUCCCCAAAACCCCAAUAACCCUAAUUUGAUGAUUUCUUCGCCGUUUCCUCCACCGUCUGCUUCUUAUCCCCCGCCGAACGGAGGCGGAGGCGGCGUUCCUUACUCGUUCGCGCCUCAGACCUCGCCAUUUCACCACCACCCGCAGUUCCACCUCCACAUCCCUCAGUACAGCGGCCCGCCUCCGCAAGGGGACGCCCAGUUCGCCAACUUGCACCAGCAGAGAUCCAUGUCUUUCCCUACUCCGCCUCUCCAACCCCCGCCCGCCAGUCCUCACCAGUACCAGAACCCGAAUACUAGCCCCAAUCCAGGUGCUCGGCUCAUGGCGCUCUUGAGUGCGCCGCCGCCUUCCGCUCACGAAAUCCAACAGCCCUCCAUGCCAGUGCCCGCCAUUCAGCCUACCACUUCUGGGUCCGAUCUUUCAGAGUUUUCAGUGCCGACCAGUGUUCCUUUGAUGCCCUCAGUUCCAGGUAUUGGUAUCAUACAUGCGGGUUCAGGACCUAUGCGAAUGCCGAGCAGUAAGUUGCCUAAAGGCCGGCAUUUGAUUGGCGAUCACAUUCUAUAUGAUAUCGAUGUUAGAUUGCCUGGUGAGGUGCAGCCCCAACUCGAGGUUACUCCCAUUACAAAGUAUGGUUCGGACCCUGGGCUCGUUCUUGGCCGGCAAAUUGCAGUUAACAAGACAUACAUAUGUUAUGGACUUAAGAUGGGCAAUAUACGGGUCCUUAACAUCAAUACUGCUUUGAGAUCAUUGCUUAAAGGUCUUUCUCAGAGGGUUACAGACAUGGCUUUCUUUGCAGAGGAUGUUCACCUUUUGGCUAGUGCAAGUGUUGAUGGACGGAUUUAUGUAUGGAAAAUCACUGAAGGACAAGAUGAGGACGACAAGCCACAAAUAAUAGGCCGGAUAGUCAUUGCUAUUCAAAUUGUGGGAGAAGGAGAAUCUUUUCACCCACGAGUCUGUUGGCAUUGCCACAAGCAAGAAAUUCUUGUUGUUGGGAUUGGAAAAAGAGUUCUGAAAAUUGAUACCACUAAAGUUGGAAAAGGUGAAGUAUUUUCAGCAGAAGAACCCCUGAGGUGUCCAGUUGACCGCUUGGUUGAAGGUGUCCAGCUUGUUGGUACUCACGAUGGAGAAGUGACUGAUUUAUCGAUGUCUCAGUGGAUGAUCACUCGUCUUGUAUCUGCUUCAGUAGAUGGCACGAUAAAGGUUUGGGAGGAUCGCAAAUCAACUCCAAUUGCUGUACUGCGGCCACAUGAUGGCCAACCUGUAAAUUCUGUUACAUUUUUGGCUGCUCCAAACCACCCUGACCACAUCAUACUAAUUACUGGGGGCCCACUUAAUCGAGAAGUGAAGAUAUGGUCAUCAGCAAGUGAAGAAGGCUGGUUGCUUCCAACUGAUGCUGAAUCAUGGCAUUGUACACAGACAUUAGAGCUGAAGGGUUCAGCUGAAACUCGAGUUGGGGAGGGAUUUUUUAAUCAAGUUGUGGCCUUGUCUCAAGCUGGUUUACUCUUAUUGGCAAAUGCCAAAAAGAACGCCAUAUAUGCAGUGCACCUAGAAUAUGGUCCUAACCCGGCCGCAACAAGGAUGGAUUACAUAGCCGAAUUUACUGUUACUAUGCCAAUACUUAGUUUCACUGGGACGAGUGACCUACUGCCAAAUGGUGAACAGAUAGUUCAGGUGUAUUGUGUUCAGACACAGGCUAUUCAGCAGUAUGCUCUGGACUUAUCACAGUGUUUACCUCCUCCAUUGGAGAAUGCCAUGUUUGAGAGGUCAGAAUCUAGUGCUUCACGUGAUGCUAAUAUUGAAGGAUUUUCUCAGAUGGAAUCUUCUGGAAGUAAAUCAACAGAAUUACCUAUAUCUAACCCUACUCCAAAAUUACCUAUUCCUGAUUCUAGUUCUGAGAGUGCACCAUCUGGGAGACAUCCUGUGAGCUCUGCCUCUACUGAGGUAACCACUUCACAAGAAUUUGCUACUUAUAGCAUGGAAAGUAAACCAGAUGCCAUUUCUUGUUCAAACACUGAUACUGAUAUUGCACCCACUUCAUCACCUCCGCUUCCUUUGAGUCCUAGAUUAUCUCGUAAACUUUCUGGCUUCAGAAACCCAUCAAACAGCUUUGAACCCAGCUCUAUUAAUGAUCAUGGUGGAGAUCCAAAAGUUGUUGAGUAUUCUGUAGACAGGCAAAUGGACUCCAUUCACACCAACUUGUCUGAUGUAGGCCCCUUAAAUGAUGAGGCUAGGAAUGAUGAAAGCAAAGUUUCCCACGAGGAUGCUUCAUCAGGUCUCAGUCACCCUAUCAAGUUCAAGCAGCCCACUCAUCUGGUUACUCCUUCUGAGAUAUUGAUGGACUCUUCUUCUGAAAUGAACCAUAUUAUUGAGCAGAAGAGUGAAGACAUACAGGAUGUUUUAGUCAAUAAUGAGGCAAGAAAUGUCGAGGUGGAAGUUAAGGUUGUUGGUGAAUCAAGAUUUAAUCAUAAUAAUGAUAUUGGUUCUCGAGAACUUCACACUUUUGUGUCAGACAACAAGGAGAAAGCAUUUUGCUCUCAAGCAUCUGAUCUUGGGAUGGAAAUGGCACGAGAAUGUCGUGCCUUGUCACCUGAAACCUAUAUUGCCGAGGAUUCUAGGCAAUUUGAUGGGACCAAUGGAAGCGAGGAUUUGGCCCAACCAUCAAGUAAUCAAGAGGAGGAGCAUGACUCUACAAGUAAUCUCUCUGGAAAGGAAUUAGAUUCAAAAAUCCCUGUUCCUGUUCAACAACAAACUGAACAGAGUGUAAAGGGCAAGAAACCGAAAGGGAAGAAUCCUCAGGGUUCUGUGCCACCAUCAGCAUUACCUAGUGCUUUUAAUUCAACAGAUUCCUCUAAUGAAGCAGUUGUCAGCUCGAGUAACUCCUCCAUGGAAGCUGCAUUUUCACAGAUAUUGUCUAUGCAAGAGAUGCUGAAUCAGCUCAUGUCCAUGCAAAAAGAAACACAGAAGCAGAUGGGCAUGAUGGUUGCUGUUCCAGUAACCAAAGAAGGAAGAAGGCUUGAGGCAGCCUUGGGACGCUGCAUGGAGAAAGCUGCCAAGUCCAAUGCUGAUGCUUUAUGGGUUCGUCUUCAAGAAGAAAGUGCAAAGCAGGAAAAGCUAUUACGUGACCGUACUCAACAGAUGACUAAUAUGAUCUCCAACUGCUUAAACAAGGACCUGCCGGGGCUUGUAGAAAAAAUAGUGAAGAAGGAAUUAAGUGCCAUUGGUCAAAUUGUUGCACGGACUGUAACACCCAUUAUAGAGAAAGCAGUAUCCUCAGCUAUCUCUGAAGCCUUUCAGAAGGGUGUUGGUGAUAAGACAGUGAGUCAAUUGGAGAAAACAAUCAAUUCUAAACUUGAAGCCACCGUCGCCAGGCAAAUACAAGCACAAUUUCAAACUUCUGGCAAACAAGCUCUUCAGGAAACAUUGAAAUCCACUCUUGAAGCUUCAGUAAUCCCUGCCUUUGACAUGUCAUGCAAGGCAAUGUUUGAGCAGGUUGAUGCUACCUUUCAAAAAGGAAUGGCUGAACACACUACUGCUGCUCAACAGCAAUUUGAGUCACUGCAUUCGCCUUUGGCACUUGCUUUACGGGAUGCAAUAAAUUCAGCAUCAUCAAUGACUCAAACCCUUAGUGGUGAGUUUGCUGAAGGUCAAAGAAAGCUGCUUGCUUUAGCGAGUUCCAAAGCUACAAAUCCAAUUGUUAGCCAAUUAAGUAAUGGGCCCAUGCACCAAAUUGAGAAGUUUGAGGCACCCCCUGAUCCAACCAAAGAGUUAUCUAGACUGUUAGCAGAGAGAAAGUAUGAGGAGGCCUUCACUGCAGCCUUGCAAAGAAGCGAUGUGUCUAUUGUAUCAUGGCUAUGCUCUCAGGUUGACCUGCCUGGAAUUUUGUCAACGAAUCCUCUCCCUUUGAGUCAAGGAGUACUCCUCUCACUUCUUCAGCAGUUGGCAUGUGACAUUAGCAAUGAAACAAGCAAGAAACUAUCAUGGAUGAGAGAUGUGCUAACGGCCAUAAAUCCAACUGACCCAAUGAUUGCAAUGCAUGUACGCCCUAUCUUUGAGCAAGUAUAUCAGAUCGUGAACCAUCACCGUGGUCUUCCCACAACCGCUGCACCUGAACUAUCCAACAUUCGGCUGAUUAUGCAUGUUAUAAACUCUAUGCUGAUGACCAGUAAAUGAUUUUUAAGCCCAAGAAUGUUCAAAAUCUGGUGAAUACAGAAGCAUGUACAUAUUCUAGGGAUAUUCAUAUAGAGGUAACUCUGUCUGGUCUCUCUGACACUGUUGGAGUUUAUCUGUCCCCUUUGUCCCUUCCUUCCUUUUUGAUAUUUUGAGGUGAAAUGUGUAACAGCUUGUGUGGAAUCUGUGGAUAUUCCAGUUGGAGGUUUAGUUCAUUUUGGAUAUACAUAUUCCUUUUUGAACUGGGACAUUCUAUUCUUCUUCAAUUUGUACUGAAUGAAGUGUUUUUUUUUACCAAGUA